AUGAAGAGGUAUUCAAUUGCCCCAUCUUCUUCACGUCGGAAGUCGACGAUAAAUCCCAAUUUAAAUUUGAAAGGAGAUGACAAUAUAGAUGGAGAAUCAGCUACCUUGGAGCUAGAAAGACUAGAACAAGAAAUCACGUUAGUAUUACAAGAAAUAGAUAAAAAUUUGUCGAAAUCCAAUGCAGUGAUUAACGAUAAGAUAUUCCCAAUUUUAAAGAAGUAUGCAGGGUCGUCGUCGAAUGUAUGGAAUAAUGUAAAUUUUUGGAAGUAUUUCUUAGAACAAGCGGCCAAUGUGGAGUUGACAAGCUACGAGGCACCGGCGAAUAUGAAUACUGAUUUGAAUACAAUCGCCAAUUCGAAAAAUAAUUUUUUGAUACUGGAUGAUGAAGAAGCAGAAGACGGUGAAAAUGCGGUUCCCGAACAUCGCGAGGGUGCUAGCGAGGGUGCAGAGCCAAUACAACAAUUCAAGAAGCCAAUGCUCAAGGGGUUCAACACUGUUGAAGAAACACCAACUUGGUCAACCGGAGAACAGAAUGCGCCUCCACAUCAGUAUAAUAUGCAAGCAUCGACACCGCAGUUGAAACAGAGGUCGUCGUUUAUACAUAACCAAAAACCGAACCUUGGAAAGACAACUAAUGAUCGCCUUCAAUCGACACAUACCUUAGCACCGACAUUAUCGAGCGAAGAGCAGUCAUCCAUGAAUACUAAAUCUCCACAAAAGCUUGCAUCACCUCCUGUAGUGACACAUACCAUAAGACAAUCGCUAGAUAACUACCAUAAAAUAUCGAUAUCGCCUAGAAAGCCUCAAAGAUCUAUGCAUCGGACACCAAUAAGGGAAGGAGGUAUGUCUGAAGAUGUCAGACGCAGGUCAUCUUUAAUACAGAAUUUAAUUGAUUCUUCACCUACGUUACCGGAACCACCAGUAUUGUUAUCCGAAAGGGGCUAUUUGAAUAGUGGCAGCAAUAGUAACGGAGAGAAUGGGUCUAAAGAAUCGUCCGAAUCCAAGGAUUUAGGUAGGCUAUCUCCCAUUUUAUUACCCCCUAAGUCUACGCCUGGAAGGCAAAACAGAAGAUCCGAUUCCGAAAAUACGAUGCAACGAUUCCCACGAACUCCAAAUUUCACGCCUUCUGGAAGUAGGGAGGACGGAGCAGGUAUAGAUAUAAUGAGAACGCCAUUAGGUGUGAGAAUAAGGUACGGAGAAGAUGACAGUGAUCUACCACCUCCUGAAUUGCAGAACGUUCCAAGCGUAAAUGACCGUUCAAAUAAUGAUGACAAUAAUCUGGGAACCAGAAAUGAGGUAGAUGAAGACGAAGUACCAUUACCAGAUCUUGAAACAAUAGAAUUACCAAAUAGUAACAAGAAAAGGCGUCUGUCAAGCACAAGAAAACAUGAUGACAAGAAGAGACAGAGUAUACUUCCAGGCGACGAUGACGACCAAAACGUCUUCUUGGACAAUACUUCCAACAAGCAGAAUAACUCAGCGCAUACCAUAUACCAUUCGAUGAUAAAUAAUCAGGAUACACUGCAAAACCAAUCCAAGGAUAACACCGCUAAUCAAUCGAAGAACUCCAAUCAAUCUAAUUCCAGAUCCAUCUCAUAUUUGUUCGAAGAAGUUCUAUACAAUACCAAAAUAAAUAAUAAAGGUGAUACUAAUAAUCCAGAUAAUCAACCCAACUCGCAAGCUAGAAACUUGUUUGAUAGUUUCAAUGAUCAGGCUAAGCAAAAUGAAGUCGCAGCAAAUGACACUUCUGAUCAGACUGGAAAUUCUACAUCCGAACUAGGGUCCUUGCUUGGCGAACGCUUUAAGAAUUUCACGAACUAUACUCAAAGUAUGGGUCAAUGA